GAGACAGGUGAAAUGAAAGUGAGGAUGAAUACUGAACGAUAAAAACAUUUUUUUUUAUAUAUAUACACAUUAAAGCCACUGCUUCCUCAUAUCCUCUCUGCUAGUAACACAGAGGCAACCUGGCCCAUGUGGGUGUACAUGUAUUUGUAGCCACAGAAGGGCUGAGUCACUUUGUCACAGCAAACACUUCAACACGUCACCAUCCAAGGGCACAUCAGCAGUUUGUCAGGAAAAAACAACGUUUCUUCAUAAAACACCACAGUGCUGGUAUUCACAGAGAAUGUGCAACAGCCACAAUUUUGUUGUUCUUGGCAUAUAUCCUUAGUAUUAUCCAUGUUAGCAUAAGGGACAUCGGCCCAACAGGGCCAGGUCAAAUACAUUUUUCCUGAAAUUGAUUUUUAUUAAUUUUAAAUAGCUCCUAACAUGCUGAUGUGUGCUCAAAUGUUUGAGCUGCUGAGCUGUCAUAAUUGAAAGCUGAGGCCUCGGAUCACAGACUCUGGCUCCAAAUGCUGUCAUGAGUGCAAGAUGGCGGCCCUUGAAUCCAGAUUAUCAUCCAGCUUCAUUUUCAUACAGUUAGAGGAAGUGGACACACACAACGUCCAUCUUGAUAUACAUGUGACAUAUUUACAGGGACAAUGCUAACAUGCUAAUUGAUGGCGAGAGUCAGUAUCCUGUUUGUAAUCAUUGCUGCAAAUCUCAUUGUUUUUGUAGGUAUUUGGACACAUUAGAGUUUUGCCCUGAUGGUGGCGCUGCAUAAAAAUUCAGGGGAUCAACAAAGUUAUUGCAAUUCAUCCUGAGGGGAACACGAAUGUCUGAACCAAGUGUCAAGGAAAUCAUUUUAAUAGUUGAUGAGACCUCUCACGCAAAACCACAAGUGUCCACUGGGUGGCACACUGGUGAUGUGGGAAAAGUCAGAAUCAUCAAAGUCCUUGGGGGUUUUAUCCUCUGAGCAACAUGAAUGUCUGAACAAGAUUAUGAGUAAAGCUGCGAUGUACAUUUUGACCUGCUGGUGGCGCUACAUGAAAAAGCAGGCCUCACCAGGGUCAUUAGGAUUCAACCCCAGAGACCAGACAUUUCUGGCAAUCCAUUCAGUACUCGUUGAGUCGAUUCAGUCUGGACCAACAACUAACUGAUUUCCAUCCUGAGAGUCAUAACAGUGGUGUGGCUGAAACAACUUGUCCCACAUGAAAUCAUUAAUAAUGGACGCCACAGGGGCUCAGAUGGUGUUGAGUGUACACCCCAUGUGUUGAGGCUGCGUCCUCGCUGCAGCAGCAGCCCAGGGUUUAGGUCUGACCUAUGGCCCUUUGCAGUGGGUCGUCUCUCUCAACCUGUUUCCGGUCAUAUCUCAAGCUGUCCCAUCAAAUAAAGCCAUGAAAAGGCCAAAACAAAUGGGUUCAUCACCCUAAACUCAAUGGCAACCUGCCUGAGUGACUGAGACACUCUGUAUGCAAAAGUAGUCUUUUAGACUGAGGGUGGCGCUAGAACAAAGCUCAAGGAAUGUUCAAGAUGCAAAGGAUACGUUUCACUACAAUCAAUAUUAGAUUUCAAUUUCUUUUUUUGUACAAGUGAAAACAUCUGCUCAAAGGGAUCGCCGGUGUCAGGGGAUCACUGGCAUCAUUAAGAAUCAUCCUCUGGGGACCUCGAAUAUCAGCAGUACAUUUCAUAACAAUCUGGCCAGCAGCUGUUUACAGACUUUGCUCCGGAACAAGCUGCUGGACAGAUGGAUCGACCAACUGACAACAUUUCAGCUCCCUCGCCACAUGACAUCACUAGAUUUUUUUUUAAUUUUUUUUUUUUUAGAUAAAAUGGCGUGGACAGAAGUGCCGGUGAAGGAACAAUUAAAGAUCGACAUCACUCUGAUUUUCUGUCGAUGGAAUAGCAGCAAAAAAACAAAACAAACAAGGACAGUUAACAGCAUCAGAACAGCCAAGUUUACAACAAUCACACAAAACAAACACAUAAUGGUCCAUUUGGAUGUUACUGCACUCUUUUCGAACAUCCACAGGAACAGAUUUCAGCUCCCUCUCUCUCCCCUGUCAGCAGAGAGUUGACGCUGCUGCUGUUGCUCUAAUCCAGCAGCGCUCCCACAAGCGUGGCAGUGGCGGAGAAGACAAGGACACAGCAGUCUCGGGUCCAAUCCUGAGGCUGAAAGCCCACACAGCAGCAGCCGGAGUCAGUGACAGUGGAAUUAAUGCUCAAAAUGCCUGAAUAACGGGACCACAGGACCGUUUAUCAGAAACAAACACCUCAGGCACGACAGACUGGUAUAUUCAACACGUGCUCGCAGUGUUUUUCAGUUUGUUUUUUUCACUGUGACACUGUAAUAACUGAGGAAAUCCUUCAUUCAUAUCAACCCAGCUCUGGACACACACAGUCAGACGACACACACAGCCUUGCAUCAUGGUGAUUGUGGUCUACAACAUCUCCACCACCUCAGCCAAAGUGAGCUGGCCGCCUUUUCCCGAAUGCCUGGACACGUUCUACAGCGUCAUGUACGACCCGAACUGGAACAGCCUCCUGAUGGGCUACAAGCGCAAGAGUUUCAUGCACGAGGAACGCAUCCCUGUCAGUCAGACCACCACAUUCCUGGCCAACCUCCUCCCACAGACCGCCUACUUCCUGUGUGUGACGUGUCAGGCGGCCAAUCCGGUGCGGGAGCAGUGCCAGGUGUUCAGCACUCUGAGCGAUAACAGCGAUGGUCACGACCGAUCUGGCUGGGAGCUCGCCAUGGGCGUCUGGCUGACCUGCUGCAUCUUGCUCCUGGUCAUCGCUGGCAUCCUGUUGUGGGGAUGUCUCAACACCAUCUGCACCAUGCCCGGUCGGCCCGCCGACGGAUGCCACGUGGCGGCCAACUCAAAUCACCAAGAAGUAUCCGGAUCUGGGCGCAUCUACACCCCAACCAGUGGCAGCGACGACAACGCCAAACAUGCCACCGUCAUGCAAGGCCCCCACCUCUCAGCGCCGACCACCAACCAUGUAAUUACCCAAGACCAUGAGCUGAGGACACUCGCUAAGCUGUCUGGCAGUGAACCAGCGUGAACGCACAGGAUUGAGGUCAUCACAGCAACAUUGUGCCAGGACUGAAUUGUCACACUGAGUAUUAUUAUCCACUGAUGAAAUCUACGUAGCCCCGGGGGUGUCAAAAAUGAAUACUUUUCUAAUUAAUUCAUUUUCUCGAUUUACUACUCUGUGCUCUAGAUUGAGUAAAGUGCUGAGAACAAACAUCUGAGAGGGAAGAAUAAAUAUUUUGUUUUUCAUGACACCUCUUUUACAUCCUAAUCGUGUCCAGGAUGUUUUACUAAUGCAACGCCGACAAUUUAUCCUGUCUGUAUAAAUUUGUACAAACAAACUAUCUAAAUUCUUUUUCCAUGUACCUUGACAUUUAAUGUACUGUUUUCCAGCAUGAUGCCCGUGUAUGUGAUCUACAGAUGUGUGUAUAUGUCUAACGUGUAGUGGAUGUUCUUGGCUUCAACACACCGACUGAAGAGAGGUCAUACACAGCCAGCCAGGCCGCGGCAGAGAACAAUAAUGAUGGAACACAAGAAAAUAAAGUGACUGACUAAGAC